AAGUGUAAUUUUCAAAACCUUGGAGAACAUUCGUAAAUAAAUAACUCUUUAGUUCAUUUACAUUACAAAUACUAUAAAUUACAGUAGCUGAAACUUUCUAAAGCUUCAACCAUAUUGACGGCAAAAGUUUGGAUUUUUCUCAGUAAAGCGAAAGGUGUGCAACAGAGAGAAAUGACACGAGGGUUGAUAUGGGCUACAGCAGAAGAUUUGGCAAAGAAUAGAGGAAAAGUUCUGUCUUUGUAUAGGCAAAUCUUGAGGAGCCUUAACUCACCUGCUUUGCCAUUGAACUUAGCAUCUAGACUUCAAAAGAAAGCUGAGGUCCGUGCCAUGUUCAUGUUGGGUUCCGAGGAGCAAUCUAUUCAUAACAUUCAAGAUCUUAUUGAUGCUGCUGAAUACUCUCUUUCCAUUUUAAAAAAAGGCGAACUUCCGUAGCAUAUUCAAGUUUUUCAAUAAGCCCGAACAAUUUUCUUAUUUGAAGCAGCUCGAUUUCAUAUCUACGUAGUACUAGCAGCUCAAACUCUCUGUUGAAGAUUCCUCUUGUGCAACAUAAGUCUUUAAGCAUCUCCAACGAGGCUUCUGCAUCCUGUAAAUUAUCCGUAGAGGUAUGUGUUUGACCAUUGAUGGAGGUAGACGAUGUGUGACAUUACUCUGGCCGAGACUAUCCAGACGAGGAUAUCAGUGUGCUUCUAAACGACAUACAAUAUUUGUCUCCUCAAUACAAGCUGUAUUACAUAGAUAGAGAAUGGCAUUCCUUGUUUCUACAGAUGUUUUGAUAUAAUAAAACUAAGAAAAACCUCGUCUUUACUACUUGUAGUGAUUUCUGAACUUUUGUAACUUUGGUUCUUCUGUUGUGUGCUUUCAAUUUACUUUCUAAAGAGACCAACUUUUCUGGGGUGUAGUGUAGUUUAAGAUUCCUUGUGAAUUUCGAAACUCUAUAGUUGUGAGUACUCCUCUUAACCUUGAAUUUUCAUUUUCAUAUAAAUAAAUGAUUUAGAGUUUCUUACUGAAUUUAA